GCGCGCGCGCGUGGGGGGUGGGAGGGGACAGGAUCAAGAUGGCGAGUCAGGAGGAGCGGCAGCACCAGCAGCACCUCUAUCGCGUCGCCGGGUCGUCCAUGGCUACCGGGGAGCCGGCCUGCGCCUCCCUCUCCCUGCCAGACUGCCGGCAGCAGCAGAGGGACGUGGAAGAGACGGGCCUUGCCCGCUGGGGCCCUCAGCAUCCCGGGGCCAAGGAGCUGGCGCAGCUGUACUCUCCUGUGAAACGAUUUCAGGAAUGGUUGUGUGUUAUUUUAAACAUCAGUCUCAUAAAUUGGAACUUGUAUCAUCUGCUCAUAAACUUCAGUUGGGAUCACCUUCACCUGAUUCUUAUUGGAAUUGUUGCAGGGAUGGUUACUGCUGACUUUGCUUCAGGUUUGGUCCACUGGGGAGCAGACACCUGGGGAUCUGUUGAUCUUCCUAUACUUGGCAAGGCUUUCAUUAGACCUUUCAGAGAACAUCACAUUGACCCCACUGCUAUAACAAGACAUGAUUUUGUAGAAACAAAUGGCGAUAACUGCAUGCUGACUGUGGUUCCCCUGGCUUACAUGGCAUACAGGUUUUUUACUCUCUCCCCAGAGGCCAUCUAUGGUAUUUAUUCUUGGCAGUGCUACAUAUUUUCUCUUGGAUUGUUUGUGACACUGACGAACCAAAUUCACAAGUGGUCUCAUACGUAUUAUGGACUUCCUUUGUGGGUCUGCCUUUUGCAGGACUGGCACAUCAUUCUACCACGAAAACAUCAUCGUAUUCAUCAUGUAUCUCCACAUGAAACAUACUUCUGUAUUACCACAGGUUGGCUGAACAACCCCCUGGAGAAAAUAGGAUUCUGGAAAACUCUAGAGGACAUUAUCCAGCGAUUAACUGGGAAUAAACCGAGAACGGAUGAUUUGAAGUGGACUCAAAAAACAAAGUAACUUGCGCCAAUAUUUUAACUCUCUUAACCUUUUUGCCAACUAAUUGCACCAGCCAAAUCCAUAUCUGCGCUCUAAUGUUGCACUCUGGAAACACCCAGCACUCAAAACGGACUCUUGUGAAACAAGAAAUUUGAAGGAACUUUAAUGUAUUUGAAUAGUGAACAUUCUGUGGGUCAAAUUAACAUUCAAAUGAAUACAGACUGUGCGGUACACCUUAAUUUAAAAGUAAUGAAGUCAUUAGAAAUGUUCUGUGGUAUAAUCAUAAGGUUGUGUGAAGAAAGGAACCUUAAGGGGUAAAUAUUAAGGAUGGAAAUGCUCAAAUCUGCAGUGUCCAUUUGGUGCUUGCUUGUUUUGUAUACUAUAAUACUGACAAAGCCUUACAUUUUGUUUGCCAGAGAUAUUUAACUAUUUUGAAUGUAUGUUUAAAUAAAGUUCAGAACUGCAUAUUAUAAAAAUAAAGUUGUACUCGCAAGUGUUUGGGUGUAGUAAUGAACAAUUGAACAGAACUAUAAUAAUUAUGGUUGUUUCAAAUGCAAGAAUUUUAACCCUUUGAAAAAUGGCGUAAUAUUAAUGUUUCUUGUGUCUCCAAAUUGGUAUUUUCUUAGAGUACUCUAUUCUUGGCACAAAAAUGUAAAUCAGAAGAUUCCACACAUAGUUUCCCAGACCCCUAAUGUACCUGGAAAUGCACUAUAGUUGCGAUAUCACGGAUUUGAAUUUAAGUUUUAUUUUCAAGGACCAGUUGUUGGAAUGACUUGAAGUACUUGCCAAAUAACAAAUCUAAUGAUUCAUAAUACCUCAUUUUUGUGAAUCUAACAUCUUGUAUUAAAUAUUAUUUAAAUUUUACUGGGCAAGCAGUUCAAGUUGUUUCUUUAGUUGGAUAUUCUUAAUACGAGUACAGCCAAUUUAAAUAAAGUCAGAAGCUCGACACUCUAGUAACCUGGAGUCUGCAUCAUUAAAAUGUUGCCAUUAUAUGGAUUAAAGAAUCUCUACUCCUAGGUUUAGUAAUUAUGUGCAGUCCAAUUAUAUUUACUUGUUUUAGCAACAAACUGAGCCUUCUUUCCCACUCCAUCCUGAAGAGCCCUCCAAAAGUAUUUCCAGACUUUUUUUGGAGGUGGCGGAGUCACAAUUUCGGCUGCCACUCUGAAUUACACCCAUUUUCUAUUCUUUUUUUUUCUUGCCAUGGCCCGUUUUCUCGCAUGUACCUUUUUUUUUUUUGCAUUGUCUUUGCUUAGAUAUAAAAUAGAUCAGGGCCAGCUCCAUUGUGCACUGGUUUAUCUCUACUUUUGUAAGAUUAAAUAUAACUGCUUUCAUUUUUGCAAAGCAAUUUUAUUUUUAUGUAUUCAGGAUCAGUAUUUGAUGACGUCAAAAGAGUUUUUGCCAACUCGUCAAUCUCUCAGCUUGAGCAAAAUGUUCUAAACUAAAUUUAUAUUGCAUCAUUAUUCAAAUAAUUCCUAACCCAUUCUAAAUCUGGUUAAUAAUCAUGCUUUUGUCUUUUAAUCUACUUCCCUGGGGUGCUCAUUCGCUACCAGUAGUGCAUUUAUACAACAAAACUAUGUACAUGUAACUCCUGUAUGAUUUGUAAGAUCAGUGUAUAAAUUAACAUAAAAUUUGUGUAAUGCUUGGAUUUCUUAUUUACACUUAUUACAAAGCAUGAAAUUGAAAGUGACUCGCUAAAUGUGUUUAACAAUUUGCCUGAAUUAUUAUUUUUCCAUGUUAUCAAUUAUUUCUAAUUUGGAGCGAAGGGAAGUGACGUGCUCUUAUACAAAUCGGUACAAUUGGAUGUCUGACUUUUUUUCAAAAACAGUUUAAUAAUCUUCCUACAGAUGAAUAGUUAUUCCAAAGAAAACUUAUUAUUGCAAGAAUAGAACUAUAAGCUAUGAUUUGUGAAAGCUGUGGUCAAUGGAAGGAAAAAGCCUUUUUCUUGUCUGGUUUUGAGCUUCAUCACAGACUUCUAUUUUCCUGAUCAUGUUUAAUUUAACUUUGAACAAAUGGUGAAGUUCGAAUACUUCACUGGACCUGUCCCAAACCUUUAUUUAUUUCAUGGGACGUAAUGUAAUUAUGUCCCGUUAAUGUAACCUCCCAUUAUCUCAAUGUAAUGGGAGGUUUGAGUUGAUUGAGAAGUGACUGUCAAAACUGAAAAUAUUCCCAGCAGACUGUGCAGAGCUAUGGAGUUAGAUGUAAUAGUCAUUAAAGAAGCAGCCGUUGGGAUGAAAAUCAGAAAGUUCUUCACUAAAAGGUUGGUAGUCUGAUGAGACUCGGUCAUUGCUUGCAUUGGAAACUGACACUGACAAAUUGCUGCAUGUUGGAGCAAAUGAUUGUGGGUUUGGGUGCAGGAAAAUGACAGAAGGGCAGAGCAGACUGAAGGACUGGGUCUUUCUCAUAUUUUUGUAUUCCACCAAGACACCCCUCAAAAAAAGCUAUUGUUCAAACCAUAUAGUGCGGUGUAAAUCUAAUCCUCAAUGCAUUUUGUUUGUUAUUAACUUCAAAUGUAUCCUAUAUAUCCUAAAUGUCAUGAGCAUUUGAACUAAGUUACAGAAAACAAGUAUUGUAAUUUUAUAAUUUGCCUACACUUUAAAUGAAAAAAUAAAUCCUGAAAUCAAA